AUGUCUAAUUAUCCUGUCCGGUCUUGUGAAUGGAAGAGGCAACUUGCCCGCAAUGGGUUCGCUACGGUUUGGAUGGCCAACCUUUGUGCGCUCGCCAGCAUCAUCCCAGCCAUUCCAACAUCUGUAUAUCCAGAUCCAGAAACCGACCAUGUGUCCUGGGCAUCUUUUGUGAGCAAAUCUAUAGACCGAUUAGAAAAGAAGUUUCCAGGAUCACCUAGAUGUUUGGUUUUACAUGGAAUUUUACUUGAAUCGAAUGGAGAAAUCGAAUUAGCCAAAGAGUUUUAUGAACUUGAAUUAAAUAAACCGAUUGAUACUAAAUCUACUUCGAAAGGUAACACAGGUGAAACUGAUCUUAGUUUUUCUUUCUCUUUCUUCUUCAAAUCUUAUGAAGGGAUUUAUUUUUUGGGAAGAAAGGUUGAUUGA